AUGGGUCAUCUUAGCACCAUUGUGGUAGCCCUGCUGGGCACAUUUGCCGUUUGUCGUGCGGCGCCUUCAGCUAUUCUGCAGCCUGCCGCUCAGUACUACCUAAUACAGCCACAACCCGCAACGCUCAAGAUCCAACCACAUCUGAUCCAACCGAUCCAGCAAUUGAAACUGGAGCCGAAGCAGUACGUCUACUAUUAUCCCUCGCUACCGUUGGCUACCACCACGACCACCACCCAUCAAUACACCGAGGGUAAACCGAUCCGGCUGAUCACGCUGAAGCAAGAUGAGGGCAAUUGGUGGUCGUCGGUGUUUUCCUUCCUGCAGCCGCCCGCGACCGAGAUGCCAACGUCGGAAGGCGAAACGACGGAAGCGCCCGCUGCCGGCGAAGAAGGAUCCGGCGGCUCGAAGGCUCCCGAGAAGAAGCUGAUGUUUAUGGCACCGGCCGACGCUGAGAAGGGUCCAGAAACACCUGCCUCUACCGCCGCACUUCCACAACCACAGCGCUACUACAUUCUGAGCGGUGCGCCUCAGUUCUACGGUAACUUCGAUGCACUCCAGAAUCCGCUCAGUCCGCUGUUUAGUCUGCAGCCACUGCAAGCCAUCCACGCACGUGCCAACUCGGACAUUCAGGCGGAGGAUGGGCUCCAGCCCAAAUUCCAAGCACAGAUUGUGUCCUCGCUCGCCCCUAUCGCACCGGUUCCGGCAGCCGUUCCGGCUCAGCUGAAGAACGAUUUGCUGGAGUCGCAUCAGGACAAGGAGCAGACGAUCGAUCGGGCCUGGGCACGAUCGCUUGACGAUGAGCAGCAGCCAGAGCAGCAACAGCAGCAGCAGCUGAUGGUCAUGAUGGAGGACGAAGAGGAACCCGCAGUCGUCGUGCAGGGACGCUCGAAGGCUGCUGUCGAUGAGGAGGCUCCCGAGAUUCAACCCGUCCACCUUCGUGCCGCGGUGGAGGAGGAAAAGGACGGCAAGCAGGAGGGUGUGCAGCGCAGUGUCAACGAUCCAGCCAUUGCCGCCGUGAAACCUUCCGGUAUAGCACUGGCCGGGCGUGGUGGUGUGGCUGCUUCGGCCCCCACCGGUACGGCGAUCGUCGGUAAGAAUGGUUUAGCGUUGGCUUCACCGUCGGCCACUUCCGUUGCAGGUAACUUCUUCGAUGAGGACGAGGAUGAGGAAAAGAAGAAACCACUGUAA